AUAUUUUCGGUGGUCUCUUCGUUUGGUCGAUAAAGCACCGUUGUGUGAACAAAUAAAUAUAUGUGUAGUCAUGUAUGGUGCUGUGUGGGCUCAUUGUCAUUAUGGUAGGAUAAGUGCGAGUUAAAUAUGCAUUAUCCGCUGUAAAUAAGAGAUCCAUCAGCUAACAUUUUCGUUUGCUGUCUUCAAUUAACGUUAGCAUGCUAGCUAGUUCAGAGGAGUGUUUCUAAAUAUAGCUGCAUCACAGCUGUCAAGAAGUUAAAGUAAAUCCCGUAGAGCAACUUUAUACGUGGUCUAUCAUAGCUUGAAGACCAUUGCGACAUUCACCAUGGAACAAGCGAGAAACGAUGAAGUGGCCACUGUAGACGUGCAAUUCACCGACCUCCCCAACGCCUUGGUCGCCUGCAAAGUUUCCGAGGAGCUCUUCAGUAAUCACAGUCUGAAAGCGAGCUUUGAGGAGCUCUUCCGCUCCUUCGACCCCGAGGCCACCUUCCAGUUCUUCAAGAGCUUCCGGCGCGUGCGCAUCAACUUCAGCGAUGCCCUGGCCGCCGCCGAGGCCCGCGCUGCCCUCCACAAGAGCGACUUCCAUGGCAAGGAGGUGCGACUCUACUUCGCCCAGUCUGUGCAUAUAGGUAGCCCGCGGCUGGAGCCUCCCAAGCCAGAUAAGCAGUUCCUGCUGUCCCCUCCUCCGUCUCCCCCUGUCGGCUGGGAACAAGCACAGGACGCCACGCCCGUCAUCAACUAUGAGCUGCUCUGCGCCAUCGCCAAACUCGGACCAGGUGAGAAGUACGAACUGCACACCGGCACCCCCACAACACCCAGCGUGGUCGUGCACGUGUGCGAGAGCGAGCAGGACAGCUCUGGUGGCGAGGACGAGACGGACGCCGCCCGACGCCCGCGACCCAAGAUCAUCCAGACGCGCCGGCCCGACUACCCCGACUACCCCGUAACGCAGUGAACAGCGGGCGACCAAUCACAUCGCACCGAUCUCUCUGCUUUACGGUCACGGGGGAAGGGGGCCCUGAAGGGGGGUGGACGGGAGGACUGACGGCCUGACAUGGCGUGCAGUUGGUCCUCCUCGCCACUAGGUGGCCCAGAGUUCAGCUCUCCCUGUGUUGGGGAAUGGGGCACACUGUACAUCUCCACCAUUUCACAGCUCGGGACUGGGAGGGCGAAUGGGUGGGGUCUUCAUUGCAUGCAUUUAGUGGAAGACGGGAUCAGCUUAGAGGGUUAAUUGAAAGAUUAGGUUUUUGAUCUGGGUAUGGUGGAUAUGUCUUGUGUCAUGGAAUCUUUAAUGUUAUUAUUUUUUUCCUUGUACAUGUAUUUUGUUUUUCUUUGGGGAGCAUGUUGUAUCCCCAUACAGUGGUGUGGUUAUGAAAUUACAGUUUGUUAUAUAACAUUGUGUCCUUUUUUUUUUUCAUUGGUUACAAAAGCUGUAGGUAACAACCUGACUGACUCCUACACAUGUACCUUGGCGAGUUUACACCAAUAAGAUGCUGGAAAUGGUGCAAUUUCAGACUGUGUUUAUCCACUUAUGUUCAUGCACAUAGACAAGUAAAAAUGCCAGAGAAGGUAAUUUUGUCUGAAUUCAUCUGCUUCUAAUAAUAUCUUUUGCCAUGAUAAUGUCUGCUUUUUGAGCUAUUUGAUGUGCAGAAGAAAACUAAGUGAAGAACUGCAGACUGUUUAAGACCCAUGAAGUGUCUUAAGGUCUCUCUUUGCCAUUGUGCCACAUCGAGUGCUAAGUGUAUAGAUUUCUCAUCUUUUCUAUGGCCUGUCUCCAUUUAUCACAACGAAUGUUAACUCGGAAAAUGUAAGUUUGACUUUUUUUUUUCCUUUUUUUUUUACAAAUAUGAAAAAAAAAAAACAUGCGUGCGUGCGUGCCUGAAAUAUAAUGUUUAUCUGUUAGUGCUCUGCCUGACAAAAACGAACAUCUACUGACAUGACGAGAUCUCUUCAGCCCGCACACCUCAAUUUACUUUGGAGGCACUCUGCGAGGUGUAUGCUUUGUGAGAGAAGUGUCUUUGCCAUACUUAAUUCGCAAUAUGUAAAAGGUUUUACAUCAGUCCUGGGGAGUUUCAUGUAUUAAAAGCGAAUUAAUCUACGCACUCUGAGGGCUGAAACCAGGAUCUAUUAUAAAUGCACGUUUGUAUAUAUCCGAGUGUAUGUAUGUAUGUAUGUAUGUAUGUAUGUAUGUAUGUAUGUAUGUAUGUAUGUAUGUAUGUAUGUAUGUAUGUAUGUAUGUAUGUAUGUAUGUAUGUAUGUAUGUAUGUAUGUAUGUAUGUAUGUAUGUAUGUAUGUAUGUAUGUGUUUAAAGCCUUUUGUAUACUGUUCUUAACAUUCAGUUUCAAGAAAAAAAGAACAAAUAAAUCCAUAAACAAGAAUAACGCAUUGAUUUGGUGAUGUGCAGUACACUACAUGGUGUAUCCAAGCAAGAUUAUGAUCAAAUGCAACUAAGACUCACACAAUAAACUCCAUAAAAUCACA